CGCGCAUCGCGCGCUCUAGAGUUAAUGAGCGCGCCUCGCCUCUUUCGCCAGACGGAUGUAACUUUAAAAAUGACGCUGAUCUCAGCGAGCGAUAAACGCGUCAGACGGACUGAAUGAAACAUGAAGGACCGCACGCAGGAGCUCAGACAUGGAAAAGACCCAGAAGAGGAGGAUGAGGUUGCUGUCGGCAUUGAGAAGGGUUUCAUGGACGAGUUCUUUGAGCAGGUGGAGGAGAUUCGAGGGUUCAUUGGCUCUCUGACAGAGAAAGUAGAAGAAGUGAAAAGAAACCACAGCGCCAUCCUGGCCUCUCCAAACCCAGAUGAGAAAACGAAAGCAGAGUUGGAGGAGUUGAUGACAGAUAUCAAGAACUUGGCCAAUAAAGUGCGCUCCAAGUUAAAGAAUAUCCAGCGGACCAUAGAGCAGGAGGAGGCAUUAAAGAGUGAACACCCGUCAGCUGAUCUGAGGAUACGGAAAACACAGCACUCCACCUUGUCACGUAAAUUUGUGGAGGUGAUGUCUGAAUAUAAUGCAACACAAUCAGAUUACAGGGAGCGCUGUAAAAGACGGAUACAGAGACAGCUGGAGAUUAGUGAGUAAACAC